AUGAGCCUUCCAGCCUUGAGGAAUGCGUGCUGCCCUCUGCCUGGUGACAGUGAGCCCACGGAUAGAAUCCCCUUCAGGGAUGCGGGGGUAGGAGUCGUCAUGUUAUCACAGAUGCUCCUGGGAGCACUGGGGAACUUCUCUCUUCUCUGCCACUACCUUUCCCUUUACCACAGAGAAGGCAGGGUGAGGGCCACAGAUUUCAUUCUCCUGCACCUGACUGUUUCUAACACCUUGGCAAUUGUCUCAAGAGGGGUCCCCCAGACGAUGGCAGCUCUGGGACUGAAAUAUUUCUCCAGUGAUUUCGGCUGUGGCUUUCUUUUGUAUGUUGAGAGAGUGGGCAAGGGCGUGUCCAUUGGCACUACCUGCCUCUUGAGUGUUGUCCAGGCCAUUACCAUCAGCCCCAGGGACUCCUGCUGGAAAGAGCUGAAAGUCAAAGCUCCCCGAGAAGUCACUGGCUCUGUUUCCCUCUGCUGGAUCUUCUCCUUGUCUGUUAAUCUCACUUUUCCUAUGUACAAUUUCUAUGUAUCUGGAAAUUGGAGCAUGAAAAACACCACCAAAAAACGUGAUUUGGGCUACUGUUAUACUUACGAGAAUGAGAAAGUCUCAGGCUCCAUAUAUUCAGCAUUAAUUGUACUGCCUGAAGUAUUGCUCUCUGUGCUCAUGGUCUGGGCCAACGGCUCUAUGAUUUUCUUCCUGUAUAGGCACAAGCAAAGAGUCCAACACCUUCACAGGAAUACUGUUGCCUCCAGACCCUCAGCUGAGUCCAGAGCCACCCACAGAAUCCUGGUCCUGGUGAGCUCCUUCGUGUGUUUCCACACACUCUCCUCCUUAUUUCAUAUGUCUGUGGCUCUCCUGAUUGAUGAAACUGACUGGUUUCAGACUCUCGGAAGCAUCAUUUUUCUGUGUUUUCCUUCUUUAAGUCCCUUUCUGGUCAUGAGAUGGAACCCUGCUUCUAGUCAUUCACACCUAAUUUCUGUUAAGUGA